GCUAUAGCGAUUGCCACUACACUACAUUUGGCGUAACACGCAAAUUUGUGUACUUCGCUGUAUUGAACCGGCAGAAAUUACAGUAAUUGAAACAGAAAUAUAAUAUUUACCUGCACUGUACCUGCACCAGGAUCCUGUACCUGUACAUACGAAUAACACGAUCAAGUCAACGUCACAUCAGCACCAGCAGACACAGUGUUGUCGUUUGACGGCGGUUCUGGUGCAUUGUACAGCGCCAGCAACGAGACCACACCGGUCAACGCCGGCAACAACCAGCUUAAUGACUCUGUCAGUCCAUUACAUCCUGACGGAAGCCUUAACAACGACACCAAUCCAUCCCUAAAUGCGCCAUUCACCGAGCUGUCGCAACACAUGAACGAGGUGAAGAUGCAAAUGAAGGCCCUCCAAGAUGAACACCGUAGUUGGCGUACUACGGACCAGGAACGGCUACAGCGCCUGGACAGUCUCAGCUCACAAAUCAACGCUGCAUCGGACAGCGUGCGCAUACUACAGCAGGACGCGGCAAGGACGGCUAAAGAAAAAGACAGCCCGGAGCAGAAAAUGUGUCCGCGAUCAGGAAAGCCUCAAGUCCGCGUCGGCACGUUGGGUGUUAAAGGUCAGUAUAAUGGUGGCCUCAACGCGCAAGAUAAACUGUGUGCCAGCGACGGAAAAACCUGUCUACUGGUCCAUCCGACCGGCAACUUAAUCCUGUAUGACACAUCGACGUACCAAGUGAAAUGGGAAUCGCGCACCUAUGUUGGAUUUUGUGAUGUGGUGCUACAUAUGCAACAUGAUGGCAAUUUGGUGGCGUACAAAGGAAAAGGCGUUCCGUAUUGGCAUACGAACCACUUUCGGAGAAAUGAUCCUGACCUUUACAGACAACGGAAGGCUAUGCGUGAGGAACCUACGCCAGCCCGGUUGCUCCUGGUUGGCCUGAUCGCUUCAGCGGGUGCGACGCUUUUCAGCCAUCAUGACCAUGUCAUGUGACCACUGCUGGCUUUUUUAAAUAAUGUGGUUAUUGCUUGCUUGAUUACUGAUAUAUUAUUAUUUAUUAGGCUACUACUUAACCCAACUGCGGCUUGUGUCUCCUGCCAGUACUGCUUAUCGUUCACCGUUUAUCG